AGCGUAGUUAUUGGCGAAGAUAUCUUGAUUAAAUCCUUCUUGGUUAGGUUAGUACAGUUCAAAAUUUGAUAUGAAAUAUGAAGGCUAAGAUAUUGCAUUGAUCCGGAGCUGCGGACUACCUAGCGGGUUUACCGGGGAUUCGGCUCGAAGGGCAGAAGUAGGAAUAGGGCGGUUUUUAGUAAGUAAGAGUCUAACACUUCCUCUAGCCUCACCCAAGGCGUGAAAGAAGAGGCCUUUGGUCAGUAGUGGCCACUUAUAGGCUAUUGAUGUGGUGAGUGAUGUGUUCGAGUUUACACUGUAAACUACUAAUAUACUUAUGCUAUAGCUACAUAAAGGGCGAGGUGUCACACUACAAACAUCUAUAUCAUAUUCAGUGUUAAUUAUAAGUAUUUUAUGUCUUCACAUAAAGUAUCGUACGUGCCAUUUAUAGGAGAUAUCUCAAAAUCAUGUUUCUUUAAUUACUAAUUUAAUUAUACCUCUAUCUCAAAAUUAGUUUAAACAUUUCAUGGGUAGGAAGCUUGAUAAUUUUAUUCUCUACACGUAGUAAUAUACCUGCAUGGAAUGAACAAUUAACUUUAUUACCGCACGCCGUGUAUCCGGCAGUUUGUACCCGAGGAAGUGAAUAGGGUUAACUAUCCAUGCUACUCUAUAACGGUUAAAUGAUUCGUUAGACGUUUAACGUGAAACAGCUUUUUUCUACAGUUUCAUUGUACUAAAAGUUGGUUAUUUAAUAGAGGGAGAGUAGUGGAGAAUUAAACUGGUGGAGUGACGAUAGGAAGCAAUGGUAGUAUGAGAAGGGCUGAAGAUCGAGUUAAAUGGCGUGUUAUUUUCGUGUACGGGAGAGCCAUGCUUUGGCACAAAUGGGCCGGUUCGAGCGGAGUGAUACCGCGACCUCACGGGUAGUGAACCACAGUGACACAUUCGAAAUUGUACAUAGUAACGCAGUCCAAAGUUCUCAUGUUCAGCUUUUAUACUCGUAUACAUACUGUUUGGUAAAUAUUUGACUCACGCUAUAUGGCAUCUGCAUAUGUUCACAUGCACUAAUGUGUCUGGUUAACAAAUCAGCCAAUAUUAUUAAAAAUCGCAAACGCAGUUAGUCCAAUUAUUAAAUAUCUCUACUUAAAUUAUUUCACAAAAGUAGAUAGGUACCGGUAAAACAUGGCAACUUUACCAAGCCCUUGGCAACUUUACCAUACUAUAGGUAUUCGGUACAAACUCAUUUAUCUAAAAAAUCUACCUACUACAAUUGUUUUUUUUAAUAGUAGUAUUUUUUAGACAUUAUAAGGCAACAUUUAUCAUAUUUUACAUAGAGGCAGCACUGCUAUUAUGUCAGUAAUGGCUGUCACAAUGUAAUGUGUGAAAACGUGCAAAAAGUAAAUUGUUGCAAAAUUGUACUUACAGAGCCCUAAUUAUAAGUCACAGAGCCGAAAUGGCCCCCUUAAAAAGAAACCGGAGAAAACUCGGAGCUAGGCCAUAUAAAAAUUAUACGAAAGAUAUGUUGAAAUUAGCUUUGGAGAUAGUAAAGUCAAAAAAAAUGACAUCUUACGAAGCCGAAAAGAAUUUUGGAAUACCACGCAGGACAAUUGACAAAAAAUUAACAAAAACUCACACCGAUAAACCUGGACCACCAUUCAAACUGACACCAAAUGAAGAGUUAAAGUUUGUCAAAGUCCUUAUUGUGGCCUCUGAAUAUGGUGCUCCGUUGACACAGUUAGAUCUAAGAGUAGUCGUUUAUGAGUAUUAAAAAAAAAAUGGCAAAAUGGAUACAUUCAAUGAAAAACUGCCUGGAGAAUGGUGGGCGAAGAAUUUUAUUGAGCGUCACUAUGAUAAACUUAGUUUAAGAGCAGUUCAAAAUAUUAAAAGGGCAAGAGCGGAAAGAACGAAAUUGGAAUUUGAACAAUAUUUUAAUAACCUAGAAUUUGUGUUACAAAAUGUGCCUCCCAGUCACGUUUUGAACUACGACGAGACGAAUUUUAGCGAUGAUCCCGGGUCGGUAAAGUGUAUAUUUCGCCGUGGCGUUAAAUACCCCGAACGCGUAAUGAAUAGUACAAAAGGCAGUAUAUCGGUUAUGUUUGCAGCUACAGCUGACGGACAAGUACUACCUCCUUAUGUUGUGUACAAAUCAGAAAGCUUGUGGUUCCAUUGGAUCGACGGAGGACCCGAGCAUGCUCGCUUUAACCGAACCAAAAGUGGUUGGUUUGAUUCAGCAACAUUUUUUGACUGGUUUAACACAAUAAUUCUAACAUGGGCACGGAAAUUGGAAGGACCCAAAGUAAUCAUUGGCGAUAAUCUUUCUAGUCAUAUCAAUGUGGAAGUGAUUGAAUUGUGUGAAAAAUAUAACAUUCGCUUUGUGUUAUUGCCAACAAAUUCAACUCACUUAACUCAGCCACUGGAUGUUGCCUUUUUCGGGCCCUUGAAAAAAGUAUGGCGUCAAAUUUUAACCUCGUAUAAAUAUGAAAAUCCACAGCAAGCAGGUUUUAAUAAAUCCCAUUUCCCGGUUCUUCUUACAAAAGUAAUGCAUGAGGUAAAUAUGAACAAAACUGAAAACAUCGUCAGUGGAUUCAAAGCAACAGGUAUAAUGCCGUUCAACCCUCAAAAAGUUUACAAAAGAAUUCCUGAAUUUCUUCCAGAUGAGCCAAGUUUUUCUGUGGACAGCACAUUGCUGGAUUACCUUAAGGAAACUAGAAAACCGAAUGAAAUGAAAAGACAAAGAAACAAAAAACUAAAUGUCCAACCGGGAAAAUCCAUCACAACAUCAGACCUCAAUCAAAUUAACCUAAACAAGACAAAACAGACAAAGAAAAAUUUACAUAAACUGGCACCAAUGAACAAUGAAAAUUUGAUACAGAUGUCAUUCGAUGAAGAAAGUAAAUAUAAUGCAAAAAUCGAACACAGCAGUGGAAAAAUAUCUGAAAUACAAGUUCAUAUCUGUGGUAGUUUGAGCGAUGAUGGAGAACCCAAUAUUGAACAUUCAAUUGUAGAAAGCAAAGCCGCUGCAGCAGUAAAACAAAAUAAGCAACGCAAGCUUUCUCGUAAGAAACACUUUAAAAAGAAGACCCAAAAUCCAGCUAAUAGAUUCAAAAAAGUUUUGAUUGGAUCAACUACUAUAGAAAAUAGCAUUGAAUCCAGUAAACACUAUGAUUCUAAAACAGAAUGGUGUGAAUUAGAUGACAGUGACAUACAUGUUAUUGAAGAAAAUGACGCGGUUGACUUAGAUGCAAAAAAAAGUAAAUACAAUGAUUCUAAAACAGAAUGGUGUGAAUUAGAUGACAGUGACAUACAUGUUAUUGAAGAAAAUGACGCGGUUGACUUAGAUGCAAAAAAAAGUAAAUACAAUGAUUCUAACACAGAAUGGUGUGAAUUAGAUGACAGUGACAUACAAGUUAUUGAAGAAAAUGACGCGGUUGACUUAGAUACAAAAAAAAGAGUUGACGAACUGGAAGACAAUAUAUUUAAAGAAAUUAUUAAAAGGGAUCUAGAAGAACUUGAAGACAUAGAAAACUGUCAAGAUAUUAUUGAAGAUGAAAAUAUCUGUAAGGAUCAAUUGAAUAAGGAUACAUACCAAGGGAAAGUUAAAAACGUCAGUUUCGAGAAAUUUAAUGAGGAACUUCCGGAAAAGUCAGGUAAAAAAAUGUUAUGUGGUAAGUUUGAACCAGAUCAAAGAGAAACCAAGAAGACCGCCAAAGGAGUUUUGCAGGACAAGGAAAAUCUAAUGCCUAGAAAAUUUUAUGUCGAGGAAAAUAGAGUUGAAUGGGAUGAAGGAGACACAAUUUUGGCUAAAUAUUAUUCCCGGAAAUGGAAAUAUUAUAUCGGUAUUAUCAAGAAUAUCAAUAGAUACAAAAAAAAUUAUUCUGUUUCCUAUUAUAAACUAAUACGUAACAAAAAUGGUAAUUUUAAGUUUAUUACGCCUAAAAAGCCGGAUGAAGAUAAACAUCUGCCUGAAGAUUGUAUAGUCAAAUCUAUAGAAUUACUGCAAAUAUCGGAAAAUCCGAAAGAAUUUGUCCUUUUGAAUGAUGAAGAUAAUAUUUAUUUUAAUUAAAGUUAUCAUCAUCAUUCAAAAUAUGUUAGGUAAUCCGUACCAUUUUAUUUUAAGCGAAAUAGUAGCUUACGUUUAAGUUUAAAUAUUUUUGUUUUAUUAAAAUAGGUAAUUUUCACUGAAUUAAACAAAUUUAUGUUCUAAAUUGAUGCGUUUUUUUUUUUUACUUUAGGUUUAAGGUUUAUAAUUUUUUUUUAACAUAUACAUGUCAUAAAAAAUUUCCUCCUUUUUUGACAACCCUGAGCGUAACAAAUUAUUUGUAUGUAAAUUACGAUGAAACCCGUGGCAACUAUCCCGACUGUCUGUGUAGCCGUUAUCUUUAUAGAUUUCCUCAUACUGUUUGCAUUAUAAUACGAAGAGGUCCUAGAUGAAGCCCUCUGUACCUCAACAACUCUUUAAUAUGCAAUACACGAUGAAUACGGCGCGUAGGUAAAGUUGCCAAAAAUUCGGUAUCUUUACCCAUGUUGUUUUUUCUUUACUACGGCUAAAGUAAGCCUUUGUAUAUAAUGACGAUUACAGUAAAGUGAGCCAGAUAGACUACCAUUCUAAAUAUAUAGUUUUGGUUUCUAUGCGUCUUAUGGUUAAAAAUAUAUUUCGAUUUUUGUUCCAAAAUAUGGUAAAGUUGCCAUGUUUUACGGUACUAAUACCCAGUUCGUUAUGAUUGUAAUAAGAAAAAACUGGAGAAAAAGCCCAUUCAUUUCACAGCUAUUGGAAAUUUUCAAAUCGGAUCGGAUAGGAAAUGAAUUUUUAUGGAUUUGAGAAUUGCAUCUAAAAGAAGUACCUGUCUAUAAUACCAAUUUGAUUGUAAGAAGACGCUGCUCAAAAGAGUGGGAAUAGAAUGAAGAUUUAUUAUGAUUUAGCUAUUGACGAUCUUUUUCGAAACCUUCAAAAGGUGACCUAGCUUUCUGCGGAUAAAAGAUUAGGGCAUGGGGGAUUUGUACCUCACUAAAACCACCCCGAUGGGAAACCUCACCACCUGUAAGUCGGCACCGGGUACUCUAAUAGACUUACCCCGGAGCUCCCAGUAUUGUAAGUACCUAUAGUGUAUGGGAAUUCAUUUUUUUGGCGGUCUGGUUACUAACCCGUUAUUGGCUUAACUAUGAGAUCGAGAUUUUUUAUUAGAUUUAUUUAAUGAAAAUGUACAAGUUACGACAAUCUGGUCUUUAUCAAUCUGUCUUUAUCAAGGUUGAACUAUUUUUUAACUAAAAACUUCCAUUCAUAUAGAAGAACGAUAAUGAAAUAAUUGAAUCCUAUAUCCAUAUAUCAAUUAUACUAACACUAAUUGAAUGAGGAUACAUAGACAUGCCAAUGUCAUUUAAUUGGAUAAAUUAGAAACUGUUAUUUAUUAUGUUACUAGCUGACCCUACGAACUUCCCUACAUAUAACAUGAAUGAAGACAUGACAUAUUUUUUCGUGACUUAUUUCAUAUAAGGUAAGGUGGCCCAUUUCUUAUAAUAAUUAUAAUGGAUACUACCCACUUAAAAGAUGACUUUAACUCUUAAAGACGAUUCUUCUUGCGUUUUCGUUUUCGUAAAGUCUAUCAUAUUACUUAUGCUAUUUGAUUAGUCCUUAGUUAUAUUUAUUUCUCCUAAUUUUACAGUUAACUUAUGCUUUAGUGUUACGGUGUUUUCAUGGUUGUAUCUACUAUGGAUCCUGACGUACAGAAGUUGCAGUGGUUUUAUUCUGGUAUACAGGAGUUACAGCGGUUUUGAAAGGUUGUGUCGGCCUUGUCCCAAAAAGCUAACUAAUAAUGAUUGGUGAAAAGUUUAGUGCCCUGAGGGAGACCAUGAAUGAUGAUGAUAUUAACCUAAUAGUUUAA